UCCGUCCUCUUCGCCCGAUUACAGCAUCUGAGGAAUUCUCCACACUGGGAGAUUGGAGCUUUUGCUUUCGCUACCCGCAAAAGAGUCCACUCCUCAGAAGACAGAGACGGGUUGCUUAACAGAGCCAGAGAGGGCUGCCGUGCGUCCUGGUGAUGAGGUUGGUGGCGCACAGCCGACACAGCAUUAAAGGAAUCCCUCUGUAUCUGAAGAAACCGCCCCAGUAAGGGACAAGAACGGGGGGGAGCUGCAGGAACUGGUGUCGGCUCGGACGCUAUCAUUUCGGCUAGGAUGCAUCUCUUCAGUGCUAUGUUUCUACUUGUGAUGUUAGCUGUCAUGCCCUGUGAGGCUCUGUACCCGAGCCCAGAGGAGGGCUGGCAGAUCUACAGCUCGGCGCAGGACGCAGAUGGGAAGUGUAUCUGUACUGUGGUCGCACCAGCCCAGAACAUGUGUAACCGCGACCCACGCAGCAGGCAGCUUCGCCAGCUCAUGGAGAAGGUUCAGAACAUUAGCCAGUCAAUGGAGGUGCUGGACCUGCGAACAUACAGAGAUCUCCAGUAUGUAAGGAACACAGAGAGCCUAAUGAAAGUGGUGGAUGGAAAGCUGAAGGUGGCCUCUGAAAAUCCCCGCAGUCUCAAUCCAAAGGGCUUUCAGGAGUUGAAAGACAAGGUGACCCAGCUGCUCCCCCUACUGCCAGUGCUUGAACAAUACAAGGCGGAUGCCAAGAUGAUCCUCCGUCUUCGGGAGGAGGUGAGGAAUCUGUCCUUGGUGCUGAUGGCCAUCCAGGAAGAGAUGGGGGCCUAUGAUUAUGAAGAGCUGCGCCAGAGAGUACUGCUGCUGGAGACCAGGCUGCACUCCUGCAUGCAGAAACUAGGCUGUGGGAAGUUGACUGGUGUCAGUAAUCCCAUCACAGUUCGUGCAUCAGGGUCAAGGUUCGGCUCGUGGAUGACAGACACCAUGAUCCCCAGCUCAGACAACAGAGUGUGGUCCAUGGAUGGUUACUUCAAGGGGCGGCGUGUCCUGGAAUACCGCACAAUGAAUGAUUUCAUGAAGGGCCAGAACUUUGUGCAGCAUUUGCUGCCUCACCCCUGGGCAGGCACUGGCCACGUGGUCUACAACGGCUCACUGUACUACAACAAGUACCAGAGCAACAUCAUCAUCAAAUACCACUUCCGUUCUCGAAGCGUGCUGGUGCAGCGCAGCCUGAGUGGGGCCGGCUAUAACAAUACCUUCCCGUACUCCUGGGGUGGCUCCUCUGACAUCGACCUCAUGGCGGAUGAGAAUGGCCUGUGGGCCGUUUACACCACCAUUCCCAAUGCUGGGAACAUUGUCAUCAGCCGCCUGGAGCCUCAGAGUCUGGAAGUGCUGCAGACUUGGGACACAGGCUUUCCCAAGCGUAGUGCUGGAGAGUCUUUCAUGAUCUGUGGUACACUUUACGUCACCAACUCGCACCUGGCUGGUGCCAAAAUCUACUUUGCCUACUACACCAACACGUCAAGCUACGAGUACACAGACAUCCCCUUCCACAAUCAAUACUCCCAUAUCUCCAUGAUGGACUACAAUCCCAGGGAGAGGGUCCUGUACACCUGGAACAAUGGACACCAGGUGCUGUACAAUGUCACACUGUUCCAGGUUAUUAAGACUUCUGGGGACUGAGAGCCCUCAGACUGACCCGCUCAAAUAAUGCUGUGAUCAU